CGCGUGAUGGAUUGAAAACAGUUCCAUACCAGCUUAUUGUACAGUAUAAGGCUCCGGGUGAUACCGACACUUGUUGAAAGCCGCCAAGUUGGCACCCAGACAGCUCAACGACAGGAAGAACCAACUUCCGACAACAUCGACGUACAGUACUGUAGGCGGCAUUCCCAGCAACGUCAGCUCGGCGUCACUGAGCUAGUGCGGAACCUAAUACUCUAAGUGUGGGCCACUCGUCCGGUCGGCAAAUAGAAUAACCACCAUAUAUCCCUUGCGCGCAUUUCGAACUCCGUCAGAAUGGCCAAGAACCUCAAUCAGUACGGAAGCGACCAGAACCUUAUGGGCGGCUAUCAAGGACAGCAACAGCCGGAUUACUAUGGACAGGGGCCUCCGCCACCAGGCUACCCGCCGCAGAACAGCUAUCAACCACACGGCGGUUACGCGCCCCAGCAACCUUACCCCCAGGGCCCGCCACAACCGCAAUACCAACCGAACCCCUAUGCGGCACCUUCGCAAACUCCUUACGCUUAUAAUCCUAACCAGCAGCAGUAUUCGAACUACCCACCACCUCAGCAGGGACCGCCACCUCCCCAGGAUUCUGGGGAGAAAUUCAAGCCAACGUCAGCAUAUAAGGAUGUUUGGGCAACGCUUUUGUUCCUCGCAACUUUGGCAGCUUUCGGAGUUUGUGCGGCUGUUGGACUUUCGCAUCUCAAGUUGAACGGGAAUACCAAUGGAAACAAUGGCAACAAUGGCACGAACAACCCGAAUAACACGAUCUCGUUGACACCGAAAGAUACUGGAGGCAUUUUGGCCGCCAUCGUUGGAAGUGGAGCUGUUCUCACCGUGCUGUAUUUUAUGGCAAUGCAAAAAUUCGCUGGGGCUCUCAUCAAAAUUUCCAUGGUCUUCAAUGUUGUCAUCCUGGUCGCAUUGGCUGUCUACUACUUUUCCGCCGGAAUCUUGAGCGCCGCCAUCAUCUGGUUGCUGAUGGCCGCAUUGAGCGCAUACUUCUUCUGGUCAUGGAGGAGCAGAAUUCCCCUCGCGAAAAUUAUCCUCGAAACCGUCACCACUGUCACAACUCAGUUCCCUGGAACCCUCGUGGCAGGGUUCAUCGGCUUGGUUCUUGUGACAGCAUUCAACGCGCUGUGGGUUGCGACGUUCGCCGGCAUGAUGCAGUUUUUCAACGACAAGAACCCGCCGUCGAAUGCUCUGAGAUACGUGGCAAUCGUGUUUUUAUUGUUUGCGUUGUACUAUGUCACUCAAGUGAUUUCGAACACCGUCCACGUAACAGUCUCCGGUCUCUUCGCCACCUACUACUUCAUGGGCCAACCAGGCGGCCCGCGCGGCAAAGUCACAGUUCCGGUAUCAAACCCGACCGCAGCCUCCGCCAAGCGUGCCGUCACGACGUCAUUCGGAAGCAUCUGCUUCGGCUCCCUCAUCAUCGCGAUCCUGCAAACCAUCCGCGCACUCCUCCGCAUCGCCGCCGACCAAAACGCCCAGGACGGCAACGCCAUCGCGGCCCUCUGCGCCGCCUGCGCCGCUUGCUGUAUCGGGAUCAUCGAGAGCCUUAUCGAGUACUUCAACAAAUGGGCCUUCGUGCAGGUCGCGGUGUACGGAAAGGACUACAUCCGCGCCGCGAAAGAUACGUGGAUGCUCUGCAAGCAGCGCGGGGUGGACGCGAUCAUAAACGACCAGCUCAUUGGAUCCGUACUUGGGCUGGGUGGAACCCUCAUUGCCCUCAUCUGUGGGUUCAUUGCUUAUCUUUACGUCCGCUUCUCAGACAUACCCGACAACAGCUUGCAUUACGGGGUGUUCGUGUCCCUCGCGGUGGUUAUCGGCGCAUCGGAGUUUUUCGUUAUGUCGAACGUCAUUGAUUCGGGCAAUGUCACGACCUUUGUGUGCUUGGCUGAGGACCCGGCAGCGUUGCAGAGGACUAAGCCAGAGCUUUACGAGUCCAUCAGGCAGGCUUACCCUCAAGUUCAAUUCGGGGCCCACGUGUGAACAAAUCUUCCCCUUAAUUCAUCUUAGUUCAUGAAGCCUGCUCUCCGCCCUUUACUUCCCCGAUUUUGGAGACCCAUCUCACCAUCCUGAAAAAUGCACGUGUAAAUACAAAUGACAUCGAACCCGGAAAGUCCAAAUUCACUCGAAG